AUGACGAAUCGUAUUAGUCUUGGCCUGUCUAAGCUCUCCAAGUUUCCGCUUCUGAUUCACGUAUCAACAUUAUAACUAGCUUAGGAGCUUGGGAAUUACUGCAGAGGCGGGUCCAAUGGACCGUAAACGGACGCCCGAGGAGCUCUUGCGUCCGAAAAAUAAAGAAAGUCGGAAAAAAAGAAAAUAAAAGUUUCGAGGCAGAUCUCCGCCGAGGCGAGAUGAGUCAUGGCAUGGGCACGUGGAAUAAAAUCGGCAAAUCGGCGAACGAACGGCAAAAUGACAAAUUGAACCGAGCGGGAUCCGAGGUGGCAGGAAUUACGGCCCAUCGGGAGGGGCAAAUCAAUCAAACCGCCGCUUACAACAACCAACAGGCAUUCCUCAACUUGUUUCAAGUCUCCUCUAAUCACUCCGCUACGCUUCUUCUCACUGACAUUCGACUUUUUCAUUGA